AUGUCCGCAUCAACCGACGCCACCCCGGCAUCCAAUGUUCUUGGCACGAUCGGCACUGUUUUCUGGUGUAUCCAGCUUGUCCCCCAGAUAUGGUAUAACUGGCGACGGAAGAAAACAGAAGGGCUGCCUCCCGCAAUGGGGUUCUUGUGGGCUGUUUGUACGGAUCAGUUCUCCCCCUCCCCCGAAGUCAAUCUCCCGAUGCAAAUCCAGCCUCAGAUUUUCGGGACGUUUUCAGCCAUCAUCUGGGCUCAGAUUCUACAUUAUGACCACAGUUACACUUCCCAGAAGGCCACAUUGGCGUGUGUUGGCCUCCUAGUAAUCAUGGGUGGGGUCGAAGCCCUACUCAUCUUGACACUAAGGAUCCCAUAUAAUAAGGGCAUCACCUGGCCGGAUAUCCUGGUGGGCGCGAUAGCCACAGUACUUCUCGCCGGCGGCAUGCUACCAAUCUACUUCGAAUUGGGGAAAAGGCAAGGCCGAGUAAUUGGAAUAAAUUGGGUCUUCUUAUGCAUCGACACGCUGGGAGGGCUGUUUUCAAUUUUCGCUCUUGUGGCACAAGGGUCAUUUGAUAUCCUUGGCGGGGUUAUGUAUAUCGUCGUUGUGGUACUCGAGCUGGGGAUUUACCUCAGCCACAUCAUUUGGCGCAUUCGCUUCCGUAAGGCCCGAAAGGAAGCCAAGCUUUCGGGGAGAAGUGUGGAGGAUGUUCUCCAAAUGUCUAGCCCGGUAUAG